AUGUAGAUCACCAGCCUCGUCACUAGGAAGGAUGAACAGAUAUUUGAUUUGGUAAAGGAACGCCAAGACACCCUCAUUUCUGGGCCUCCUUCCACCCUGGAGCAAAUGCCAAUUCAUAAUGAGACUUUCUUUGGACACCAGACUUUCCUCUGAAAGGGAACUUGAUUUAAAUCUGUGCAUUGCCAAGGGCAAGGAGCAGAGAACAUGGAUCGAGAGAAGUUUCAGCAGAAGGCUCUGAAGCAAACUAAGCAGAAGAAAUCCAAGUCGGCUGAAUUUCUGAUGGUUAAAGAAGAUGGAGAAGCUACGGAAGGCACUGGAAAUCCAGCUUUUAACAUGAGCAGCCCAGAUCUCUCAGCCCAACAGGCUUCAGAAAAGAAAGUUAUUAGACAUGACAUGUGGGAUCGCACCCUUGCAGCUCACCAACAAAAAUGCAGGCUGCAAGCCUCUGCUGAACCAAAAGGAAAUGAAUACAGCAGAAAUUACUUUGACCCACUGAUGGAUGAGGAAAUAAACCCAAGGCAGUGUGGGAUGGAGGUCAGCCAAGAGGAUGAGAGCCUCGUGGAGGGGACUUUGAGUUCUGAAGACCCGGUGAGUUCCAGAAAGAAUCUUGAACACUACAAAAAGGAUAGCGAAGCCAUCUCUGCCGACAGUGAGGAGACUGAAAGAAGCACUCAGAAAAACGUUGAGCAGAGUCGGUCACCUCAGUCUCUUCAGAUACAGAUGAAGUGCAUCAGGGGUCUCAAGAACAAGGUGCCCCAAGGCUCCUACCUCCUCAAAGUGUCCCUGCUUGGCCAACCAGGUGGCUGUGUCUUGCAAUGGUACCCGGCGGAGCAGCUGAAGACCAGAACACACCCAGUGAGGCACGGUGGAAACUUUUAUGAUGUGGGAUUGUUUUUCCAUGAAAGCCUUUAUGUGGUACUCCCGCCUAAGAAGGAUGUGGAACUUGGCAUGGCAUUCUUGUUUGAACUCUUUUUCCUUCGUGGGAAAUACACUUAUCUCCACCAGGUUGUGGGCUGGGCAACCUUUCCUUUGUAUGAUAGCAGUAUGGAUGUGGUGGAAGGAAAAUUCAAGUGUCCACUUCUCCGAGGACAUUAUGAUCAGAAAGUCGACAGCUUCAAGAAAACUGAAGAUCUGAUUUGCUUGGACCUGGACCACUGGCUGUGCAAUCUCUAUUUUCAGAAGGAAAAACCAACUGCUUGGAAAACUGGAGAAACUGAAGACCAUUCACAAGAUAUAUCUUAUUUGGAGGAGCUGGAAAAACACAAAUUUUCAGUUUGCCGUUCCUCAGCGGCUGCUGACGCUGCAUCUGGAGAAUUCUUCAAGCAUCUACGUUUUCUGCUGCUGUCAGUGUUUUCCGAACUUGAGUUCGCUCGAUGGCAAAGCCAGGGCUUCUGGUACAUCAUCCUGCUGAUGGCUUCUCUCUGGUUCCUGAGGCUCUACCUGCAUUAUCUCAGCCAGUGGUUUUUCCUCCAGGCCAUUUCAACUCCUGUUACAAAAUUCCAUUUUUCCCCCCUCACAGUGGACCUCUGCUACCCAGCCUCAUCCCUUCACAUGGCGGAAGAGAUGCUUGUGGUUGUGGUGGGGCCUUUCAUGCUGAACGCAGUGGUACUUUCCUUGGUCCUGGUCAGAUGGGGCUGUCAGCUACUGUUUGCCUUCUGCCCUGAUGUCCUGUCAAAGUUAAUCAUCACCAUGGCACUAUGGGCAGUUCUGGACCCACUGGCCGUAUUUAUUGUGGAUACUGUCCUGGGGCGACUCACGCAGAGUGGGGAGACUCCGGUAGCUGAUGCAGCGAAACUGUACUGGAUGUUUGAAAGAACCAUGCAAUCCGGAAUUCUUGGUGUGAUGCUCACGGUGCUACUUUAUGUCCUACUGUUCAUCAUUUCGUCUUUGAUUUCAUAUGUGUAUUGUCUCAGAUUGCACAAUGAUUCUUGGAUAUUAGACACAUUUCAGCGCAUCCACAGUGAAGAAAGCAAGUUUUUUAUACCACAUGAUUUGGAGAUUUCCAAUCAGGAGCUAAGCUAUAUCAUAAAAAGAUCUGAGCAGUGGAGAGGACUCAAUGGUGAGAGAAGGAAGGUGGCAGUGUAUGAUUAUAUCUGGAAAAAGCAUGGCGUCCAGUCCAGCAUCUCCAGCUGUGACCUCCAACAGCACAGUGAAAUUUCUGUGACUGCACUUGGUCCAGGAGAUAUUACUUCUCAUGUAGCUGUGUACACCGUUUAUCCCAGUGGGUUCCAAGAGCUAUACCGCCAUUUUCUAAGGCUCCCUAGCGGUGCCAUUGUUGAGUGGUACAACGCUGUUGCUAAGGAUCUGCAGCAUGAGGAUCUUUCCAUUCCCAUCACACUUUCCCUGUGGAGUUUAGCUAUAGCUGCUUCUGUUAUGAGGUUGAUGAAAAUAUGCCUUCAUAAAAAUCCCUUUGAAUAUAACCUUGAAGAAAUUUCUAACUGUCUAGAGCUCAGCCUUGCAGAUUAG